GUGAUUGCCAGAAAAGCCACCCGGUGCUUAAACGGCCGCGCAUCAUUAGCAAAACUCACCAUCUUCAAGAGUCCAAAAACUAGAAGUGACCAGCAGACCCAGGACUUUAAGUUUUUUCUCUUGAGAUCAAGGAACAAAAGAUGGUUUUGGAAAUGCUGAACCCAAUGCAUUAUAACAUCACCAGCAUGAUGCCCGAAGUCAUGCCUGUGGCCACCAUGCCGAUCCUGCUGCUCACUGGCUUUCUUCUUUUGGUUUGGAAUUAUGAAGACACAUCCUCAAUACCCGGUCCUGGCUAUUGCAUGGGGAUUGGGCCCCUCAUUUCCCACUGCAGGUUCCUGUGGAUGGGCAUUGGUAGUGCCUGCAACUACUACAACAAGAUGUAUGGAGAAUUCAUGAGAGUCUGGAUAUGUGGAGAGGAAACACUCAUUAUUAGCAAGUCCUCAAGUAUGUUCCACAUAAUGAAGCACAGUCACUAUAGCUCCCGAUUUGGCAGCAAACUUGGACUGCAGUGCAUCGGCAUGCAUGAAAACGGCAUCAUAUUUAACAAUAAUCCGACCCUCUGGAAAGCCAUUCGACCUUUCUUUACAAAAGCUUUGUCUGGCCCCGGCCUUGUGCGCAUGGUGACAAUUUGUGUUGGAUCCAUCAUCACACAUCUGGACAGGUUGGAGGAGGUCAGCAACGAAUUGGGUUACAUCGACGUGUUGACCCUCAUGCGGCGCAUCAUGCUGGACACCUCUAACAUUCUCUUCCUGGGGAUCCCCUUGGACGAAAGUGCCAUCGUGGUUAAAAUCCAGGGUUAUUUUGAUGCAUGGCAAGCUCUCCUUCUCAAACCAGACAUCUUCUUUAAGAUUUCUUGGCUAUACAAAAAGUAUGAAAAGUCUGUCAAGGAUUUGAAAGAUGCCAUGGAAAUUCUGAUAGAAGAAAAAAGACACAGAAUUUCCACAGCAGAGAAACUGGAAGACUAUAUGGAUUUUGCCACCGAGUUGAUUUUUGCUGAGAAACGUGGUGACCUGACAAGAGAGAAUGUGAACCAGUGCAUACUGGAAAUGCUGAUUGCAGCACCAGACACCAUGUCUGUCUCUGUGUUCUUUAUGCUCUUUCUCAUUGCAAAGCACCCUAAGGUUGAAGAGGCAAUAAUGAAGGAGAUCCAGACUGUUAUUGGUGAAAGAGAUGUAAGAAUUGAUGAUAUGCAAAAAUUAAAAGUGGUGGAAAACUUUAUCUACGAGAGCAUGCGGUACCAGCCUGUUGUGAACUUGGUCAUGCGCAAAGCCUUACAGGAUGAUGUCAUCGAUGGCUACCCAGUGAAAAAGGGGACUAACAUUAUCCUAAAUAUUGGAAGGAUGCAUAGACUAGAGUUUUUCCCCAAGCCCAAUGAAUUUACUCUUGAAAACUUUGCAAAGAAUGUUCCUUACAGGUAUUUUCAGCCUUUCGGUUUUGGGCCCCGCAGCUGUGCAGGAAAGUACAUCGCCAUGGUGAUGAUGAAAGUCGUCCUGGUUACACUACUGAGACGAUUCCACGUGCAGACAUUGCGAGGAGAGUGUGUUGAAAGUUUACGGAAAAAAUAUGGCUUGUCCUUACACCCAGAGGAGACUAGCAAUCUGCUGGAAAUGGUUUUUAUCCCAAGAAAUUCAGAAAAGUGCCUCGAACACUAAAGAAGGCUGAUCAGUACCUACUCUGGAGCAUUUCUCAUCAGGAGUUCACAUAGAAAUCACCCGUUCACCAUCAUGGCGAACAUUCGGUGGCCUCUGCCAUUUUAUAGGCACGCCUCGUAUGGACUGUCAGCAAGUCAGGAGAUGUGGGUCAUCUGUUCUUGUCCAAACCAGACUUCCAGAGAAAAUAGAGGCCAAGAGUUUGCAGGGGAAAUGGUCAAUCCCACAAAACAUGCUUUGGAAAAGAUAGGCCACCAGCAAAACUUAGGUCCUCCUUCCCACAAAAUCUCCACUGCCCUGCCCCAAGAGCAUUUUAAAGUCUGGGGCAGAAGCACUCUCCAUUGGAGAGGUCAGCCUGAUGCUUGGGUACUUAGGGCCAAACAUACCUGCUAAUGUGAAUAAAAGUGUUUUGAUUUAGUUUUCAGUGGUAGGCUCCCCAACAUUCAUAUUCUUUGGAGAACUGCUUACAAAUUCAACAUUUGACUUUUCCUAUGAAUUAUUCAAUUAACUCUUGAUUACCCACAGGUGACUUGCCUGUGGCAAAAGUUAAAUAGGGGACUAUCCUUUCCCAGUCUCUCAACUGGCCUCAGCCACUCACCUCCACUACAAUAGAUAUAGAUUCGGGUAACAUAAAGUAACUUAGUAAUAGCCUGAGUAAAAUAUUGUCAGGACCACACAUCUGCUGUAGGAAAAAAAAAAUCACACAAUGCAUUUCAAAUUCAAAUAAAAAUUCUUCUCUUCAUGUUCGCAUCAUUGCUUAGCUCCACUAGUGCUAACCAAGAGAUAACUUUAAAUAAUGACAUCUAUUAACUCUUACAAUGGCCCCAAUGGUUUGAGGGAGGACAACUCCUCUACAUUUACAUCUAAUUCCACAACCCAGCGGGUUCAAACCCAUUCCAUCUUCUUUCUCAACAGUUUCCCCCCUCUUUCUUUCCGUGAUCCCGAAGUCAACAGCAACAGAUCAGUAGAGAACAUGGUCAGGGUAGAGGCUCUGCAAUCAUCUUUUAUCCUACCUCGGAUUUAAUAGUUACCUUAGAGAUUUAACAGCUGUUGAGUUUAUUGAAUCAUUAUACAUAGCCAUGGAUAAAAUGCACACCUUGUAAAUUAGUUCUUUAAAGAGAAUCAAGUAUGGGACGCCUGGGUGACCCAGUCAGUUAAGCGUCUGACUCUCAGUUUCGGCUCAG